AUGCAGAUCUUUGUCAAGACCCUCACUGGCAAGACCAUCACCCUUGAGGUGGAGUCCUCCGAUACUAUUGACAAUGUCAAGUCCAAGAUUCAGGACAAGGAAGGCAUUCCUCCUGACCAACAGCGAUUGAUUUUCGCUGGAAAGCAACUCGAGGACGGUCGCACUCUGAGUGACUACAACAUCCAGAAGGAAUCCACCCUUCACCUCGUCCUUCGUCUGCGUGGUGGCAUGCAAAUCUUCGUCAAGACCCUUACCGGAAAGACCAUCACCCUUGAGGUGGAGUCCUCCGACACCAUCGACAACGUCAAGUCGAAGAUCCAAGACAAGGAGGGUAUCCCUCCCGAUCAACAACGAUUGAUUUUCGCUGGCAAGCAGCUUGAGGAUGGCCGAACUCUAUCCGACUACAACAUUCAGAAGGAGUCCACUCUCCACCUUGUCCUCCGUCUCCGUGGUGGUAUGCAGAUCUUCGUGAAGACUCUGACCGGCAAGACCAUUACUCUCGAGGUCGAAUCAUCGGACACCAUCGACAACGUCAAGUCCAAGAUUCAAGAUAAGGAAGGAAUUCCUCCCGACCAACAGCGACUUAUCUUUGCCGGUAAGCAGCUGGAAGACGGGCGAACUCUCAGCGACUACAACAUUCAAAAGGAGUCUACCCUUCACUUGGUUCUCCGACUACGUGGUGGUAUGCAGAUCUUCGUCAAGACGUUAACUGGAAAGACGAUUACUCUGGAAGUUGAGUCAUCGGAUACGAUUGACAACGUCAAGAGCAAGAUUCAGGACAAGGAGGGCAUCCCCCCUGAUCAACAACGACUUAUCUUCGCUGGUAAGCAGUUGGAGGACGGUCGCACCCUAAGCGAUUACAACAUUCAGAAGGAGUCGACGCUGCACUUGGUGCUUCGUCUCCGUGGUGGACAGUAA